UACGCUGCGUGUCCGGUUGGGAGACCGCGCUAGUCGCGGCGGCGACGGCUGCUCGGCUCGGCCUGCCCCAGCCUCGUCGUCACGUCACGUCACGUCGUUUCGCUUCUCCCGGCCUGUUGCGUCCGUCUUGCCGUGACUACCGCACCGCCGUUCAGUCGCGCUGCCGGCAUCAUCCCGCUCGCAAGCGUACAACACGGGCCUCCCCGGCCCUCGUCCGAAAAGUGGCCGCGCCGCCAGGCGCCGUUUUUCCAGUCUCUCGUUUCGGGUCUCGGCGUUUCCGGCUCGGGCGAGGCGCUUUUUCCACGCACCCGUAGAAACCCCGGCUGCGCUUUUGGUGCGCGAACGCACACACUCGUGACCCUCCGUCGACCGCGCGGCUCUCCGCUGAAACCGGUGAGGACUCGAUGACUGGAAUAUAUAUGAUUACAUGUCUUUUUUUUUAUUGAAGCUACUUUGUUAAAUUAAAGUAGCGUCUCGCUCAGUCUUCUCCGACGGGUCUCUAUUAUGAAGGACUUCUCCGGAAAAGUGCAGGAUCGAGAAUCGAUCGAGUGAUUCCGUUCUCGCGAGACGGAGAGAUUUGCUGCGAUUGGCAAUUUUCGAACCCGAGAUUCAGUUCGGGUUCGCUCGACGAGGAAAUUUUCCGGCGUCGGUUUAACAAUCGACGGCAAGCCGUCUGUGAUCGUCCGGAGAGAGGCUCUCAGAGAGAUCUCAUUUACCAGAUAUUGUCCGUAAGUGAACCCAUGCGGAGUCGAUUGUGCGGUUUGUGGCAGUUUGUGGUUGUGGGGUGAAAUGUAACACACGCAGCAUUCCUCGUCGCAAGAGAGGCAAGAGAAAAAGCGCGAGCGAAAGAAGCUGCGGAUGGUGGAUUCGAGGAAGAAACGUUCGCUGGCGUUCCGGAGAAUUACCCGCCGUGCGCAUCUGUCUCCUGCACAUUCUUCAGUCAUUUCGAGACCGCCGACACGAGACGACAUGACGUUUUCCGUCGCCACGAAGGAAGAGCUCGACGUGAGUUGAGCGCAAGGCUCUCGUCCGCACCACGAAGGAAGUUCCUUGGUUUUAGCAGCGGGCGAAGCGAUGGGAUUGGCCGGAGGGAACUCUCCGACGGGACAAAUCGCUGCUACAGCCGAGCUGGUAAUCGCGGCCACCAUGACGAGGAUGAGCGAAGAUCCAGAAACCCCUGAAGAAGAGCGCAAAUGGGAGAGGUGACGUAUCCAGUGAUGCGUAAACGGCGUGGACUGGGUAGCGCCUUUCUGGGCCUCUUCGUGGGUCUACUUCUGGGUUUCCUGGUACUCAGCUACCGUCUGAUCGUUUCCAAUCAGCAACAGCAGGUCGCCAUGUGGACCUCCAUGCCUGGGCUGCGGUCGCCGCCGAGAGCGUCCGCUCGGAACAUGCCGAGGCUGAAGGACGACGAGCGAAUCAACAGCUCGACCUCGAGUCUCGUGUUUGUGGGCGUGAUGACGGCUCAGAAGUACCUGGACACGCGGGCUAAGGCCGUCUACGAGACCUGGGGCAAAGAGCUACCCGGCAAGAUUGCCUUCUUCUCGUCCGAGUCCUCCACCGUGCCCGACAACUGCCCGGAGUUGCCUCUGGUGCCGCUCCCGCGGGUGGACGACACCUACCCGCCACAGAAGAAGUCCUUCAUGAUGCUGCAGUACAUGUGGAGCAACUUUGGCGAUCGCUUCGAGUGGUUCCUUCGGGCGGACGACGACGUAUACGUGAGGACCGACCGGCUGGAGAAGUUGCUGAGGUCCGUCGACUCCAGAAGAGCGAUGUACAUCGGUCAGGCCGGCAGGGGUAACUCGGAAGAGUUCGGAUUGCUGUCGCUGGAUUACGACGAGAACUUUUGCAUGGGUGGCCCGGGGGUGGUGCUAUCCAGGGAGACCCUGAGGAGGAUCGUGCCGCACAUCAAGUACUGCCUGCGUCACUUGUACACCACGCACGAGGACGUCGAAUUGGGCAGAUGCGUAAAGAAGUACGCGGGGAUCCCCUGUACUUGGAGCUACGAGAUGCAGUCCAUUCUCUAUCACAACAGCAGCGGGGCCCAAGCAUUCACCGGAAAUCUCAAGAAGAAGGAGGUUCAUCGUGCCAUUACUUUGCAUCCUGUGAAAAGUCCGCCUCACAUGUACAGGCUGCACAAUUACAUGAGGGGGCUGCAAAUACAAGAGCUGCAGCAGGAGAGGAUCCGCUUGCACCGAGACGUUCACACGAUGGCCCAGGAGCUCGGAGUCAGGCCGGAUACCCUGAAGAAUUACGAGCUAGUGGAGGGUCUGCAUCUUUUUCCGGCCGAUCCCAAUUCCGAGAAUUACCCGGGCGACACGGACGUACUAGGUGUACCGGCGAGUUUAAGUUCGUUCAAGCCGGCGACGAGUGACGAGGUGAUCCCGUGGGGCUUCCUCUCGCGGCUGGAAUACAGCUUGACCGACUCUAAUCCAAGGCGGCGUAUUCAUAGCGACAUUAAAGAGGGCCUGGAAGAUAUCACGAGGGAGGUCAUGGCCUCCAUUAAUUCCUGCUCGCGGCAGCGCGGCCGUGUUGUCGAGGAGCGAUCGGCGCUUUAUGGGUACAGAAGGGUGAACUCUUAUGGGGCUGACACGAUAUUAGAUCUUCUAUUAGUUUACCGGAAGUACCGGGGCAGGAAGGUCACUCUUCCCGUCAGACGACACGUUUAUCUCCAUCAGCACUUCAUUGGACUGGAGAUACGCGAGACGGUAAACGGCGUCGAAGUCGAUCCUCACCAAAGAUCAGACGACACGUCUAUCCACCAUCUGUUCCGCGGUGGUUUCCUGAAUCUCAACUUCAACCAGCAGGAAGAGGACUCAGUGCGAAGCAAGACCAUAAACUUCAUCCUGCCGUUGUCAGGCCGCUAUGAGAUUUUCCAGAGGUUCCUGAAGAACUACGAAGACAUCUGCCUGACCGUCGGCGAGAAGACGUCGCUGCUCGUCGUGCUCUACCAGCGCAAGGAUGAGAACUCCUUCAACAAGACGAUAGAUCUGAUCGAACGGCUCAAGUACAAGUAUCGCAGCGCCAGCAUGGAUGUCCUGUCGAUAUCCGGCGAGUUCUCCAGAGCCAGAGCCUUGGACACGGCCGUGUCGAAAUUGCAGCCCGAUGAUCUGAUGCUGUUCAUCGACGUGGACAUCGUUUUCACGAAUUCAGCGUUGAACAGAAUACGUCUAAACACGCUUCCAGGUCGGAGGAUAUACUUUCCGAUCGUCUUCAGCCAGUACAAUCCCCAAGUGGUAUACAGUGAAACCAGCAGGCAGGACAGAUUCACCAUAAACGAGGUCUCCGGCCAUUGGAGGCAGUACGGCUUCGGGAUCGUUUCUCUUUACAAGAGAGAUUACGUCACCAUCGGCGGGUUGGAUCUCUCGAUUCAGGGAUGGGGGAAGGAGGACGUGGAGUUCUACGAGAAGGCGGUCAAGUCGGGCCUCGACGUCUUUAGAGCCGCGGACAGGCAUCUGGUGCACGUGUAUCACGAGAUCGAGUGCAGCAAAGAGCUGCCGAGUCUUCAAUUCUCCAUGUGCAUGGGAUCCAAAGCUGACACGUACGCCGGCGUCGAGACCUUGUCUGACAUGAUUUACGCUAACCCGAAUAUACUGCACUUCGCCAAAGAGAGGAGACAGAAGAGGACCAAUCCGGCUGGCUGAUGGCAACAAGCUUGCAAUGUGAGAGAUUAUCGGCUGUCGAAAAUAGUUGUUAGAAAAAGAAGAUUCUAGUUGACAGUGAAAAACGACAUGAACUGCAUGAAGUUGCAGUGGAGAGAGAGAGAGAGAGAGAGAGAGAGAGAGAGAGAGGGGGGGAGAGAGAGAGAGAGAGAGAGAGAGAGAGAGAGAGAGAGAGAGAGAGAGAGAUGCGAUGGGGACGCGUGUCCCUUCGAGGUAGAGGCGUCCUUUUCGUCAGCGGUUCAGUCUUGGCGGGCAAUACCGACGAGCGGACCGUCCGAACUAAACCUCGGUGCCAGAUUGUUAGUUAGGUGUUGUAAAUAUGGAAUGUUAUUUCAUUCGAGUCUCAAGUAAGCUUUGAAAGAUUGGAAGGAUUUCACGCGCUCCGCUGUAAGACGAGAAACGUAUGUAUCGGCCGCAGCUUCGACGGAGAGACUAUAAUUCUCACAAGGUUUUUUAUCGUGAAAUGCGAUAAUCAAGAUAUUGAUGUAGGCGCAUGUGUCUUUUUUUAUUCCCGAAUUUAUUUACAAUGUAGGAUACACUGAUCUGGUAAUAGAGCGGAUCCUGCUAUACUGAAACUGCAUUAAUCAGCGAUGACUGCCGUAGCGAGAAGUUUAAUCACACUUCGGGAAUAACGAAAGACGCGUCGCCGACUAUCGACAAUCGAAAUCAAGUGUAAUGGCCUGUAUUUUAUAAGAUCGUUAGCGUCUGAAGUAAGUCUUAAUGCCGUAACGCUAAGUUUAAAUGUGAUAUUAUCGUGCCUUUGAUGAAACUUUAUUCCGCAAUCUUUCGUUUCGUACUGCCGAUCUCGUAACGCAUAAAAGCGCGUUACGGCUAUCCCGAUAUAUGUAGAUGUAAAUACUCUCGAAUUGUCUCUCUUGUUUCGCGCUUUUGUAUCCCCCUCGUGAUAACGUUCGAAAUACGCUGAGAUGCAGUCAAUCGAUGCAUCGAUCUCGUUCUCGGGAAAUUCGCCGGCGACUAGAACUUCUGAGAAACUCCGUAAUCAGAGAGGUGCAGAGGAGAGGUCAAACUUCGAUGAAAAAUAACAUUGAUGUUGCGAGGAAACGGAGUUGAAAAAGAACCGAUUGUUAGUCCACGCGAAUCGUGUUGCUAGCGAUAGCUUAUCAUCGAGCUUCUCAGCGACGUUCGGGGAAAAUAAAAACCAAAAGAGAAAUGUAACAGUUAGAGACGCAAUAAAUAACGAUAAUUUAUAGUUAUAUACUUGUGAUGUGUUUGGCAAUAAACGAGAACACAGAGAAUACUGUUUGCAAGAGAGCGCGAUUUUUCCUCAAGACGGCGCACGUCUACGAUGUGCACCUCAGAGUGCAAUUAUCGGUAAUAAAUGUUGUAUUGUUGCGUCAUCACGCAUGCAAGAGAUACGUUAUCGCUGUAAUGUUUAGACGUUAUAGUCGAUUAAUAUGCCUUUGAUUAUUCCGCAUGCAGUGAAUAUAUUUGCGACCGCAGUAACGGCCUGCGUCCUCCCGAAACCUCGCACCAAGAAAAGAAGAGAGCAGACACUGAAGAAUUUCCAUUUAUAUCGCUUGAUAAUGGUAUUCAAAUUUUUUCCAACUUUUGACUCGCGAUGUACAAUAUUUUUUACCAAGCGGUCUCCUACAAUAACGGUACCGUCGUUGUUUUAUUUCAGCGCUGCCUAACGACAACUGGCGUCUCAACGUGGCGAAGCUGUCGACAGUUGUCUUGCAUAUUAUUACGAUGAUGGUAGAUAAUAGCGUAUCACUCAAGCUCAAGGCCAUUCGCGAUCGUUCGCCGCGUUAACGGCAGACGGCGCAUUUAUAAGACCAGGUUGCGUCUCGUUUCCGCAUGAGUCUUCAACGCGUGUAAGUGCAAUCGUUAUCAGCAGUCCGCAUCAAAUUGCGCCUUAGAGAAAACCGCGAGAUUGUCGACUUAGCCUAGUAUCGAACGUAGAAGAAUACACCUUCCCGAGGAAAAUUCUUCAACAAGGAGACCUAGAAGGAAGAAGAGCUUCCUGAACAACCAGCAGUGGCUA